AUGGCUCCGUCCUCGCUGCCGCCACUACCUGAUAUCGUUUUGCCAGAGCACACUUUCGAUGUCCGGUUUCAUCCGGCUGAGCAGCUACUAGCAUCUGCGACGAUAUCUGGAGACGUCAUAUUCCAUACGUAUGACCAAGAAUCUCGUGUGGUAGAGAAAGUUGGUCACUUCCACACCCACCGACAGAGCUGCCGCGUUGUCCGAUGGCAGCCGACACAAGGCGACUGGAUAAUGUCGGGGUCUGCAGAUGGGACGGUGUCCCGAAAUGACCGCUCGGGAAAGCAGCUCUGGCUCUCCAGUAAGAUGGAUGCAGGGGUUUCGACGAUGGAAGUAAUCAACGACAGCGGUUUGGUGGCGGCAGGCUCAGACGAGGGACAGAUCCUCGUAUUCGACUCUCGAAUACAUCGCAAAAAGAGUGUUGUUGUGAAGCUCCCAGAUGAAGACCGUCAGGAAGACUACAUCACACAACUACUCGUUGAAAAUGACGCCAAGUCGUUGCUGUCUACUUCGGGUGAUGCCACUCUCGCAUGUUAUGAUCUUCGAUAUAAUAAACAGAAGUUGAAGGCCAUGAGCGAUAGCCAAGAGAAUGAGCUUCUGUCUAUGUGUCUAGUGAAAGAUGGCAAGAAACUGCUCACCGGGGAUCAGAACGGUGUCGUGGGGAUCUGGAACUAUGAUUACUGGGGUGAUGUUAGGGAUAGGAUUACGCACAUGCAGAAUGUCACAUCCUUGGACAACAUGAUUGCCGUUGACGACUCAACCGUCGUGUGUGGAGGUGGCGACGGAUACGUUCGAGUGUUCUGCGUUUUCCCUAAUGCUGUGAAAGGCGUUCUAGGUGGUCACACAGAUGUCUCGACAGGGAAGCCAGUGGCUGCAGAGAUAGAGAGUAUGCAUGCUGAUUUGGAUGAGGGAAUUGUGGCGACGGUAGGACAGGAUUAUCACAUCAAAUUCUGGAGAGUGGGAGAUGCGCUCAAGAUGGCUGCUGGUGAGACGAAGGAUUCUGAUGCAGAGUCGGAGGACGAGGAGGCUGCUAGCAAGCUGACGAGAGCGAAACGACAGAAAAUGAAGAGGAAAGCGGCACAGAUUGGGAAGCAGAAAAACACCGCUAGUGUUGUUGUGAAGUUCCCAGAUGAAGACCGUCAGGAAGACUACAUCACACAGUUACUCGUUGAAAAUGACGGCAAGUCGUUGCUGUCUACUUCGGGUGAUGCCACUCUCGCAUGUUACGAUCUUCGAUAUAAUAAACAGAAGUUGAAGGCCAUGAGCGAUAGCCAAGAGAAUGAGCUUCUGUCUAUGUGUCUAGUGAAAGAUGGCAAGAAACUGCUCACCGGGGAUCAGAACGGUGUCGUGGGGAUCUGGAACUAUGAUUACUGGGGUGAUGUUAGGGAUAGGAUUACGCACAUGCAGAAUGUCACAUCCUUGGACAACAUGAUUGCCGUUGACGACUCAACCGUCGUGUGUGGAGGUGGAGACGGAUACGUUCGAGUGUUCUGCGUUUUCCCUAAUGCUGUGAAAGGCGUUCUAGGUGGGCAUACAGAUGUCUCGACAGGGAAGCCAGUGGCUGCAGAGAUAGAGAGUAUGCAUGCUGACUUGGAUGAGGGAAUUGUGGCGACGGUGGGACAGGAUUAUCACAUCAAAUUCUGGAGAGUGGGAGAUGCGCUCAAGAUGGCUGCUGGUGAGACGAAGGAUUCUGAUGCAGAGUCGGAGGACGAGGAGGCUGCUAGUAAGCUGACGAGAGCGAAACGACAGAAAAUGAAGAGGAAAGCGGCACAGAUUGGGAAACAGAAAAACACCGCUAGUGUGAACGCGAAGAAAGCGAAUACCAAGGCUUUCUUUCGGGAUAUUGACGAUUUGUAG